AUAAUUCGCCAGUUUGGACAAAGAGAGCAUUAAUAUGUUCAAAGUGCAAUCAUUUCAGUUUAGUUGUUCGGAGAACAGGUGUCGCUGCUUCUCCGCAUGGAAUCUCUGCCCCAGGAGCAACUGCAGCCACUUCUGGCAGCUUUUUGGGGGUUGUACUCCCUGCCACUUUGAGCUCUUUCCCUACAUGUUCUUUGUGGUGCUGGGACUGAGCUUUACUGGCGUCUAUCGCUGCGUAUCCGAAAUUGUGCACAUUUGCUGUGUGGCCAACUAUUCAAUUGACAUGUGGCGAUCCCGCAAGUUCUUCGUCCUGGAUAUUGAGCUAGUGCGUCAGGCGCGGGUGGUGGGCGCCAUUGCCAUGUGCUAUGCCUGGAUGAUGAUGAUCUAUGCGCUGAUCAACAUCCAGCCGGCCUUCAUGAGACCGUGGCUGCUGCUAAAUGCCAUAUUGCUGGGAAUCGACUCGCUCAUUUGCCUGAUCGAUGUCCUUAAGGGCCGACUGGCAUUGUGCUUGGGUGCCAUCUAUCCAAAGUUGCUGCUGCUCGGUACCAUGGCCCUGGUCAACUGCGUCAAGACGGUCUUUCACAACGCCAUCGAACAAAAUAUGGCCAAUGAGCUGCGAGUCUUUGGCAAGGAAUCCAUUUUUGCAAAAUACAACUGAACUGAGCUCUCUCUCUUUCUCUCUCUGUUUCUCUCUCUCUCUCUCUCUCUCUCUGCCUCUCUCUCUCUGUAUACAACACAAUUCAGCACAACUCAAGCUGUGGCACCCUUUGUGUGUCCCAUUAAAUCGAAUGGUUAUCAUUAAAAAGGUGGAGGCACUACCUAAUUGUA